GAGACUCCGUUGCCCUUUACUUUACAUGGUGUGUGAUGGGAAACCUGAUCAUUAAUUUCUGGUUCAAUGCUCUAUUUUGGCAUUGGCUCAAAAAUAGCCACAUCAGCAAUGUAGAGAAGAAACGUGGUUCGCAAGUGAACCAGCUACGUGGACCUCCUAUUCUCAACUUCCUUCUUUACUGGACGGUCGGAGGACAGGUCCCUGCUUUCAUCUGCUAUUCUCGUAAGCUUCAUCACAUACUGAGCACCAGCGGCUUCCCCCUUCUCUUCUUCAUAUAAAGAAUCAAUAAUCCAUAGACCUAUAGAGACGAAACCCUAGCUAGUUCGUUCAUCCAGGCUUCAUCAUUAGCAAAUGCACCUGUAAUUCAAACCAAUAUCUGACGACAUUUUGUGUUUCUAUAGGAGAAAACGAGCAGAGGAGUUAGGAAUGGGGCAGGUCUUGCGCCGAUCAUCAGGGCGAGGCCAGAGUUGGAGCCCCGAAGCAGCGCCCACAUCGGUUUCGAAUGCGAAGAAGAAUGUCGAGCACCAGCGGCCACCGGUGGUUCCUAUCGAUUCAACAGAGAGCGGCGAUGGUGGAGCCACUGGAGCUCCUGAUUCAGUGGAUGUCUCAAGGGUGAACACUGAUAAUGUCCUUGAAUAUCGAGAUCCACAAUAUGACACCAUGCUUAGUCAGAUGGUGGGUAGAAUUAGAUCGAAACCCGGAGGGAAACUUGAAAUGGAUGAGGCAUUUGUUGUGGAGAGAUAUAAUCGGCCCUUGCCUAAGCUGCGGGAUACAAAGCCUGGAUCAGGGCAGUAUGAAGAAAACUCAGUUCCUCCAGGAACCUUGAAUGUAGCCCAACUGCGGCAAAUCAUCCUUCUGCAUGAAGGCAAGGCAGAUGUCCAUGAUGGCCCUAUGGAUAUUGAUCAGAUUGCCAAGAAGUUCCGGGUUGAAACUCUGGAGAUUCAGAGGAUCUUGCAAUUCCUAUCACUGCCUCCAGAAGACAGCAGCAAAGAGAAAGACAGGCUUUGAUGAUGGGUGGUCUUCAGUGUCUUUGGCUUUUCUAACAAUUCUGUAGGAUGAGAAGCUCUUGAAAGACACAGCAGAAGGACCAAAGGACUCAAUCGUAUGGAUAUCUAAAAUACAGGAUUUCUGCAUAGAUAAUUUCCUCAUCAUUUCGAGUAACCCAUUCACAAGAAAUUCCUUUAUUCAUUCUGUUUUGUCAGAGAAUUUGACAGAAUUAUGUCAAACUGCUACAAUGGUCGGUGUUCAUGUCAGUUGGAGGAAAAGAUAUGGGGUAAUUUAUAGCUCUCCUUCAUGUGUAGGAAGUUUUGUAUGAGAAAACUCCGAGGUUCUCUGCUUGUUUUGCACUAUGCCUUAUGUCUGAGAUACAAGCAGGAAACAGUUAUCUAAUAAUCAAUAAAUGAUGUUCAUUUUGCCUGAAAGAUGGCUUGAAAA